AUGCUUUUUUUGAAGCUUGUAUAUCUCCCACUGCCUACCGAACAGGAUGAGUUUGAGGAAGAGGAGGACGAUGCCAGCGACCACAAGAAGCCCAAGAUCAAGGGGGACGUGGACUUCCUGACGCCGGAUUUGACCCUCGAUGCUCUGCCUUGCAUGGGGAACAAGGUGCUCAUGUCCAUCAACGAGGGUGGACUGCAGUACAUGAUCUCAGGAGCCCGUGCCAAUGUGGGCUUGAAGGCUGGUCGCUACAUGUUCGAGUUCAAGAUUGUGGAGACCUACCACACCACGGAAACCUACAACAGCAAGUUGCGGGGCAUGAGGCAGCUGGUACGUGUCGGCUUUUCGACAGCUGGCUCCCCACUCAUCCUUGGUGAGUCCGACUCGGCCGUGUACUUUGACAACGAUGGCAACUUUGUCACCGGGAGGGCUCGCGCUCCUCGUGUGGUUCAGAAGUUUGCUCGUGAUCAGGGCAUGGCCGUGGUUCUGAAUCUGGACCCGAAGAGCCCUCAUGCCAACACGAUCAGCCUCUUCACCAACGGUGUCCGCGCCUGCAAGCCACAGAAGCUGCCGGAGAACCUGAUUGGCAAGCCCUUGUUCCCUCACAUCAGCUACCGUCACAUGAGCGUCAUGGUGAAUUUUGGUAAGAAGGCCUUCACGAAGAUGCCGUUCGUCUGCCGGACGAUUGCCGACGCUGCGACCGCCGACGUGAAGGUCGAGACUCCGCCCAAGGACGGCAAGUGCGAAGUGAUCAUGCCGGUUGCUUUCCCGGACGAAGGAACCUUUGACUGGCUGGACAGCUUCCUGGAGGAGAAGCCCACUUACACGGAGCUGAGCGACAGGAGGAUCCAGGAGUGGGCCGUGAGCUCUGGACUCCCUCGCCCCAAGCCAGGAGCACAGGCCUCCAACGACAAGCCGUACUACAUGUACGGCCUGCCCAGCCUGGAUGACACCAGCACGCAGAAGGCAGUGUCCAUGCUUGCGCCCAUGCAGCCUCGCAACUACGUUGUGAUGGAGGUCAAGUCGAACCUCAUCAAGGAGGACCGCACAGAGGGCAACCUGUCAAAUCUGAGUGAGCACCUUUCUAUGGGGGAGCGCGCGCAGGUCUUGAAGCGCUUCCCCUCCACGCACUUCAAGAAGGAGUACAAGAAGAGAGUCCGCAACAAGAUCCUGAAGGCCAAGCAGGACAAGGCGGAUUCCACUUGGAGGAUCAAGAAGGCCCAGCAGGAGCAGAAGAAGAGGAUGGCUGCACGCCAGAAGGAGCUUGAAGCGGCAAGGAAACAGGCUGAAGAGAACCGGAAGAAGAUGGAAGAAGAGGCCAAGAAAGCCAAGGAGAAGGAAGAGGGCUCAGAGGAGAAGAAGGAGGAGAAAGCGGAGGAAGAAGCGGAAGCAAAGGAGCCCGCAGAGAAGCCCGAUGAAGAGAUGAAGAAGGAGGAGGAGCCAGCGCCAGAGGAGGAGGAAGAUCUGGGCGACGAGCCGCCGAAGGCAGAGAGGGUGGAGCUCACAGAAGAGGAGGAGAAGAUGAGCUUCCUCCCGAAGGGCGCUGUCCCAGACUUGACUGCCUCCGUUUUGGGCAAGGCGUUUGCGAACUUCACCAUUCCGGAGAAGGACGAGGGCUUCGAUGAGAUCAAGUUCAUCUGGCAGGGAGCUGGUGAGAGCGCCUUCCUAGCAGGCAGAGCUGCGAUGUGGUCAGACCUGCAGCCAUCCCAGGACUUCAAGGACAAGUUCGGAGCGUGGCAGAAGACCUACGGGGACCGCCCGCAGGGAAAAAUCGAUUCAGGUUUAUGGCGGGGGCUAGGGUUUUGGCUGUGCCGUUCUGGCUGUUUGAACAUUCUGAGGAAGCUCUUAUGGACAUUGCAUGGCAUUCCAGGAUGUCUCAGGAUUAUACAUGUUUAUCUCUUGGAGGUUCCGAAUAAACAGGUUCCUCACAUUGUUGUACCAGCGCCAACAUGA